UUUCUGUGAUUGUAUUGGAGUGUUUGUCUUCAGCGUUAUCAUCUAAAAAUUCUCUUGGAAAUCAUAUCAGUACAGAUUAAGCCUGUGUUACAAACAACUCAUGGUCUACAUGCAGAUUUUACUAGAAACAUUGUUACCCGGUGAGCGGCCACCUAUGUAAUCUCCUGCCAGUAGAAACUGUCACCUCUGUAGACAAUCGAAGAGAAGACCCGGCAAUCAAAAUGACGUCGGACGCCGAGCGCUUCUGCGUGAGCGACCUGAAGAAGGAGAGAGCGAACUGUUCCUUCGACAGAGAAGAACUCACCAACCUGAUGGACGGAGGGAAGAAAAUGACCGAGAUACGAAGGAAAUACGCCCAGAGUUUCCUGAGCGACCCGGUCUACGACGACGCAACUCCCCCGGAUUAUCUCAGCCACGAAGAUCUCUACGGCAACGAGCUCCGGAAGGCCUGUCAUACCCUCCGCAAGAUGAACAAGGAGGGCAUCUCCAUCAAGAAAAUGACGAUGCACGGCCCGAGAGGUCUCAUGCAAGACGGAAAUCCUUUGAUGCUGCACACUGGGAUGUUCUACGACGCGAUCGUGGGUCACGGUAACAAGGAGCAGAGGGAGAAGUGGCUCCCCCUUGCCGAAAAGGCCGACAUCAUCGGGACUUACGCUCAGACGGAAAUGGGCCACGGGACAUUCCUGCGUGGGCUCGAGACAACAGCCACUUACGACAAGUCAACCAAGGAAUUUAUUAUUCAUUCGCCGACGUUGUCAGCGACCAAAUGGUGGCCGGGGGGACUGGGCAAAACUGCGAACCACGUCGUCCUGAUGGCUCAGCUGCACAUUGAUGGGAAAGCCUUGGGUCCCCAUCCCUUCAUGGUGCAGAUCAGAGAUCUGGAAACCCAUCGCAGCCUACCAGGCAUCACUGUAGGAGAGAUAGGACCGCGCGCCGGACUGAACAGUAACGACAAUGGCUUCCUGAGAUUCGACCACCAUCGCAUCCCUAGAACGAACAUGCUCAUGAAACAUUCCCAAGUCCUUGAGGAUGGGACCUAUGUAAAACCACCUCAUGCAAAACUAUCGUACGGAACUAUGGUGAUCACCAGGGUCUCUCUCGUCUUCCACGCUUGCCUUCAGCUCAGGAGUGCUGUUACGAUUGCUACAAGAUACUCAGCAGUGAGACAUCAGUCUGAACUUGUGCCUGGGGAACCAGAACCCCAGAUCUUCGACUACCAAACACAGCAGUACAAGAUAAUCCCACAAAUAGCUUCUGUCUUCGCACUCUUCUUUGCUGCCCAGAGCUGCGGUAAAACCUACAUUAAAGCCAUGAGCAACAUCCAAGAAGGAGACAUGGAAUUACUACCCGAGUUACAUGCCCUGUCAAGUGGCCUUAAAGCCAUUGGUGGAAAAGACGCCUCUGCAGGGGUGGAGAUUUGCCGUCUGGCAUGCGGAGGUCAUGGUUACAUCGCUUCUUCUAACCUGCCCAGAAUAUAUGGCAAUACGACUUGCAUUAUCACUUACGAAGGUGAAAACACAGUCCUUUUGCUCCAAGUGGCUAGGUAUCUCAUCAAGUCCUUCAGAUCUGGAGAACUGGGGACUCCCCUUCGAAAGUCAGUGGCAUAUCUUUCUGCACAAUCUACUAGUGGAGAAAUAAAUUUAACAAAUGAAGGUUUGGUUGAGGCGUACAAGAAGUCUGUUUCGGCAAUGGUGGCCGAAACUGAAGGGAGGCUGAGACGCCUGUGCGAUUCCGGUCUGAAUUAUCAUCAUGCCUGGAACAAGUGCUCGGUUUCCUUGGUUAAAUGUGCAGAGGCUCAUAAUCGCUACUACAUCUGUGACCAAUUCGUGAAAAAUGUAGAGUCCUUGGAAGUCAGCCCUGGCUUGAGGAAUGUCUUGCGAGACCUCUGCAGACUUUACCUUAUCUAUCACAUCUCUCUUAAUGAGGGGAUGUUCCUCAAGGCUGGAGUCCUGUCUCCUGGUGAUAUCGAGAUCUUGGAAGAGGAGAUGAGCGAACUGCUCGCCAAACUCCGCCCGCAGGCGGUCUCUAUCGUCGACGCUUUCGACAUCGACGAUAAGCUAUUGAAUUCGACGCUCGGGGCCUGGGACGGCAACGUCUACCAGAGGUUGUACGACGAAGCAAUGAAGAGUCCUUUAAACAAGACAGACGUUCCCAAGGCUUACAAAAAGUACCUGAAACCCAUGAUAAAUGCUAAACUCUGAGCCUGGUAUUGAGGAUACCUGAAGACAGAUUUAAAAUCUGCAGCAUUAAGAGUAUAUUUACAAAGAAGGUUUUAUGUGGGAAUUUUUUUAGAUGUCGAAAUAUUAAAAAAUUAUUACUUCA